AUGGAAACUAGACCACCGCCUCGCUAUUGUCUCGCGCUCUGCCAAGUUUAUUAUAAACACUGCGCGAGCCGCAGCUCGCUGUCAAACGGAGCGCGAGCGCAGAGCGAGAGAGUGCAGAGUACCAAGAGGAAAAGUGAGGACACGGAGUUAGAGAGAAAGAGAGAGGAAAACUGAGGGAAGAGGAGAAAGUGAGGCUUUAGGAAGAGGCAAACAUCUGGAUUAUUUACGAAAAAACAACAACCACGUGACAGCCACCUAAAGACCGAGAAAGAGGACUUAAGGAAAGUCGAGCAGAAGACCCCGGAGAUAAGAGAAAGAGAAGCCAACUCUAACCGGUAAGAAGGACACCGUCUCUGUGCAGAAAAGUCAAGAAGACCCACUCCGGUUCAGAGUCCCCACCGUCGCUUCCUUUGCAGUCCGGUGUUUGUACCGGCUGAGCUCCAUGUAUAAGAUGGAUUACUCCUACCUGAACUCCUAUGACUCCUGCAUGGCAGCCAUGGAAGCGUCGGCGUACGCGGACUUCAGCUCGUGCAGCCAGGCCAGCUCCUUCCAGUACAACCCGAUCCGGAGCGGACCUUUCUCCAACCCGGGUUGUACCCCGCUCAGCACGGCCAGCUGCACCCUGGGAGCCCUGAGGGAGCACCAGCCCACACCUUACUCCUCAGGUACAAAAGGGGCUUUGCUUUUCAUACGGAAGGUCUGUGGGGAAAUCUAAAAAAGGUUCAAGACUGAGAAAAAUUAUUGAGGAAAGAAUCUAAUCGUUUUCCUUGGGCGUGAACUGCACAAAAUGUACAAAAUAUCCACAAAAUAAAAGAUCUAUAGUCUAAUAAAUUAAACCAAAAGGGGAAAAAUAACUGUUUGAUAAUAACAUAAUAAACUUUAUUAUCAAAAUAACUGCAGUCUAUAAAGUUAAAGCGCAGAUUGUUGUGCAAAUAUUGAUAUUCUUAUAGACUGUCUGAUUAGUUGUUGUGUGCAUUAUCGAAAAUUAAAUAGGCUAUAGUGAAAAUUGUUCCAUGGUAAUUUAAUCAAUUAGCCUACAUAUUAAUAUGAUAAUCAUUUUUAAAUAAAAAAUCGAAUUUAAUGAUUGAAAACUGCCAUUUUGAAAUUAAUGGGAUACACUAAUUUUGACAAAAGCAAAUAGGAUAUUUGCAACAAUCUUUGAAGUACAAAAUACUGUUUUUUCUAUAAUUUAAAUACAAAUAAAUUAAGCAGAUCAAAUAACAAUAAUCUGGAUCUAACACAACGUCAAUAAUAUAAUUUUUUUACUUUAAAAUAAUUUAAGGUUGACAUGUUGCCUAUAGAAGCAUACAUUAAUCGCACACACACACCUGUGGCCUCAGACAGUUUCAGAUUUUUAUAUGAUAACCAUAGAUCCAUUUUAACAACGAAAAGUCCUAUUUUAUUUGAUUAAUGCUCACAGUCCUAUUCCUUUAAAUGCUGGCAUUUGAACACAACUCCAAAAAUAUGUAGUCAUUCAUUAAAUUUCUUGGAACAAAUUUAUAUUCUUUUAUCUUCAUUUGAAUGCGUUGAUACUUGUUUAAAAAUAUGUACAUACAGCAAUUCAAUGACAAGUUAUUGUGCAAUUUCUUUUUACAUAAACAGCUUAUAAAAAUGACUGCAAUUAAUCUGGUUCAUUUCAAAAGGCCAAACACUUUAAUUGAAUUUGGUUAAUUAGGAAAGUCUUUUAGGGAAAAUAAAAUAAAAAAUUGUUUAAUUAACUAAAAAAAAACCUCUUCUCUUCACAUUUUGUUUGAAAUGAAUUUCAGUUUUUAGUAACAUAAUUUCUCUGUUCACAAAACAAAUGAAUUCAUAAAUGAAAUGAAUAAACCUUUUCUCCACGGAUCAAUUACAAACAAUCGAUUAUGAAAAAGGCUUACUAUUAAUUACGAAGAAAAUUUCCUCAACAGUCCUGAACAUAAAGUUUUUAUUUUAUUUUAAAACUGUAUGUCUGACUUGGUUAAUCUUGCCUUGAGUUACAAACUGCAGGGCCUUUUUGUGCUUCUGUAUUUCUAUAAAAUCUUGGGGUUGCUAUUUUGAACUUCUUAUCCAUUUAACAUUUAACAUUUGUCAUUUCUUCCUUUUUUAGUUCCUUACAAGUUUUUCUCGGAUCCCUCCGGCCUGAACGAGAAGAGGAAGCAGCGCCGCAUCAGGACCACCUUCACGAGCUCCCAGCUGAAGGAACUGGAGCGAGUUUUUGCCGAGACGCACUACCCCGACAUCUACACCAGAGAGGAGCUGGCACUGAAGAUAGACCUGACUGAGGCCAGAGUACAGGUACUUAUGCACAACCUUGUUUCUAUAAUUUACUUGUACAAUCUUUUUAGUGCAGUCUCAGAUAUUUAUUGCUCCUCCAUCUGUCUUUCAGGUGUGGUUUCAAAACAGGCGUGCCAAGUUUCGUAAGCAGGAGCGUGCAGCCAACGCCAAAGCCAACAGCUCUGGGGGCCCCAACGGCAACACCAGCAGCAGCUCUUCAGGAGGGAAGAAGAGUGGGGAGCCGAGAUCUUCAUCGGAUGACGAUGAGUCCAAAGAAUCCACCUGCAGCCCCACACCUGACAGCACUGCUUCCCUGCCUGGCUCAGCCAACGGCAACCUGGGCAGCCCGGCCAGCCUGAGCCCGAGUCCUGCUCCUGCCAACAGCAGCUACACCAACACCUCCAGCUCACCGAUUCUCCAGGGGCUGAAGCCUCCCAGCUGGCCCAGCCUGGGGCCGUCCAACCCAGCCAUGGCCCAGCCCACUGUCCAGACUCAGGAGAUCCUGAAGGCCUGGCAGCCGGCAGACAGUAUGACCGGGCCUUUUGCUGGAGUUCUGUCCUCAUUCCACAGAAAACCCAACCCUGCUAUCAAGACGAACCUGUUCUGAAGCACAGAGGAAGAGGGAGUGAGAACCAAACAUUGAGCGCUACUUCAAGAACAGAGUUGGGACAGUCUGAGCGAGGUCCUCUUACCUUCUCUGAAAACCUGUCCUGCUUAACUGAUUCAAAGCUCAGAUUAACAAGCCAUCACCUCUCACAGUAUUCCACUCGGAUAUGGUCGGUUUCUUCCCUGCAAGACUUAAACUCAUCACUUUCACCUUAAAAUCAGAGUUGCUUAAACAGAUUGACAAGAGACAGCAUUUCCUCCUACAGACCUUUAAACCCCACAAUGUUGAGGAUGUUUGUGUGCAGCCAAAUCAGAACUACUUGGACGUGUAAACACAUUAGAGAAACAACCCACAUACACAUCUUUUCUUCCUUCGUCUCGAUCGAACUUACAUUCCCACACUCUGCGCCGCGACAAACCCUGUCCUGCAUGGCAGUCAGGUACGAUUUUAAAGCAGAAAUACAAACAUCACGCUUCAGUCUCUGUUGAAUAAACUUUUACCCUCAAGCACAACACUCUCUAAACCCUCUGACACACAGAGUCCCACCAGAAAGGAACAGGGUUCCCCUUAAAUCUCUUUGCUGGGUAGAGCAGGGAACCUAGAAAUCCAAUUAGAAUGUCGGGGUCCAGACCAGACACAUCCCGAGCUCACCCCUCCUCCUCCUCCUCUUCCUCCUCUUCUUUACUGUAUCAAGUCAUUCACUCUCAUCUCAUCCUCCUCAGUGUGACUCCCUCCCAGCCUCUCCCUUCCUCUCUCGACCAAACAGAGGGCACUUUGUUAAAACGUAGCAAAGGAAGGAGACGCAUCCAACUACAACUGACUUGAGCUUGUGGGUGUCCCGCAAACCGUGUCUGGCUUCUCACAUUUGAGAGAAUCUUCAGACGAGUCUCCCUCUGGAUUGAGGAAAACAAAUGAGUUUGUUAUUUCUGCCUUGUGUUAUGAACUUUUAGCAGACCUACAACUCAUCACCUACUCUGACUCCUCAAUCGAUGCUCCUACCACAGAGGGGGGGGACAAAUAUUGGGCUAUUUCUUUCAAAUUCAGAGUGAGCCAGUCGCACAUUGGCUACCCUGAGAGAGACCUGGACAGAAUUGCUUGUGUAUGAUCCCGAUUUUAAUUUUGUGGCUUAUCACUGCAACAGGACUGAUUUCCAAGUUGAUUUUUCAGUGAGAUUUUAGCCCAGAUACCUCAAAAAGGGAGGAAAACAUGUAUUUAUUGAUAUUCUUUAAAAACCUGGACUGCUCCUUGAAAUUUUGUGACUGUAAAUUCUACAAUUAGUAAUAUAAAUACUAGAUAGGUUUUUGUUUAUUUCCCUCAUGUUGCUUUACAGGUUGAUUUUUACUUUGUUUUUUGCAGAGCGCCUGUCUCGCAGACCGAUUCAUUCAUGAUUGACGGACGCGCUAGUGAAUGGAAGGUUAUAGCACUACUCUGAAUAUUCUAAUAAAUCUACAUUAUGGAAGCACUAUG